CUUAAACUUAUUAAAGUUAGAAGGUCUCCUUGGUUAUCGUAUCUAUUAAGUGUAUUGAAUAAUCGUAAUGAUGACACCUGCUGCAUUAUUGAACCCAAAACCGUUUCUCAGUGAACUUAUAGGAAAAUCCAUCACAGUAAAGCUAAAAUGGGGCUCUGAAUAUAAAGGUUACCUUGUGGCCUAUGAUGGAUAUAUGAAUAUACAGUUGUCCAAAUGCGAAGAAUAUGUUAAUAAACGUUGUACAGGUGAAUUGGGCGAAGUACUAAUAAGAUGUAACAACGUUUUGUUUGUGGGAUAUACUGAGGAUGAAGAUAACGAAGAAAAAGAUGAUCACUAGUUUAUAUUAUUGAGAAAGUGAUUAACUUACUAUAUUAAAAUGACAAGUUUAUUUUUAUACUGUUUAUAAAAUAAAUAGAUAUUUGUUUUGUUUAA